AUUUAUCUCAAGAAUAAAAUUAAUUAUCUGAGAAAACCUUAUUUUCAGAGCACAAUCGAUCGGACACACAGUCAACAACCCUAAAAGUUGACUUUGGCUGUGAUAUCAAUCGGUAAUAAUGGCUAAGGUUGCAUCACGUGGACCGGUUUUACCGGUGUCAAAAGUUCCUUUGUUUUCCGGUGGCAACGACGGUGGAUCCACCGCUGGUUAUUCAAAAACCGGCAACGGAAUCAAACGAAAGACGCCUUCUGAGUUGAGAGGUGAGCAGUUGAAGCGCAAGAAUGUUAUUGAGAUAAUGGAUGAAUCUCCAGCGCUGGAGUUUAGUUCCACGCGAAAUAUUCAUGGAGUAACAACUGAGCCUACAAAACCUAUUGUGUCAAAGAAUCCAAGAUACAUCGACACACGUGUGGAUGAACUUUUUCCUAGCAGGAAAAACAAUCUGAGGCAAAAGAUACUGCCCGGGAAGGAAAAUGUUAAGGAAAACAUUAUUGUUGAUGCCUUAAAGAAUUCUUCUUUUUCUCUAAAGCUCCCUGCAGAAAGGCAGCCGCAGAGUUCAGGUCCAAAAGAUACACAUGUUUCGGCUGAAACUACUAGUACGAAAGACAGACUUGCACAAUCUCACAUCACAUCCCAAAAAUGCAGCACCAGCACAUUUCGGAAUGUAGUGGAGUUGUCAUCCAUGGGUGAAAAGUCAUCUGGUUUUUUGCUUGAUAUGGAUGAAGGCUUCAGAGGGCUUGCAAGUCGCCCACCUCCUACUACCUCAAUUUCACCAACAGAACCUUCUGAAGGAAAUACAACGAAAUUUUGCGCAGAGUUUCAGUUGCCUGGUCACAUGACUCCACUGGAUUUCACAUUGAAAACCAGCAUGCGUGUGAUUGCUUCAUCAUCCGUCACUUGGUUUCAUCGGUUGAUGAGCUGUGGCAUGUUUAACGAUCUUGAGGAAUCCAAUUGCUCAGCUGCUCAAGCAUCCAAUACAAAAUCUUUGUAUUCCUGGGUGUACCCACAGAGUUCUCUACCUCCUCCAGUCAUAGCGGCAUUGACUCUGUCUACAAAUGGACAAGGGCAAAUGGAUUUCUUGAGCAAACGCCAAUUGGCAUGGGAGGCCUCAUUUAGUAGUCUUUAUGCCAUGUUGCGGAAAAACAUUUGUAACUUAUUUUAUGUUUGCACUGGACAGUUUGUGGCAAUGUUCACUAGCAGCAAUGGUUCGAUGGGAAGUAAAAGCGUGUGCAAUGCUUAUGUAUCCCAAUCUACAAGAAGCUUAAGGUCGCUGUUAAAAGAACAAGACAUCUCUUUUACUAUGCCUCUCUGCCAUUCUAAAGUGGAGCAAGUAACUAAAGAAGACCUUUUUGAGCUAUCGGAGCUUGAAAAGUACAACCUUGGACAGACUAGGCGCACUGUUUCUUUAUCUGAUGUGGAUAAUAGCCCAGAAUCCUUCCUGGUGUUCAGUGACAUUAAUGUAAAUGGGUUAUAUGAUUUUCUACUUAACUAUAGGUUUCUUUUACCAUCUCUGAAUAGUUAUGAUGUUCCUUUACUUUAUUCACCAGUACCAUUUAAAAAUGCUGCUCUUUCUGCACCUGAGGUGAAAUGCAGGGAAGUGAGGAAAAUCGAUCAUAUGUCUGUUCCAAUUACAAAUGAACCUAACCAGGGUCCAGCUUCCGCUUCUCAUUACACUGUUGAAAUCAAGGAUGCUUAUCUUCCUCCAUGGAUAACCAGCAGAGUGUGUGAUGCAAUGAUGUCAAAUGGUGAUAUUAGCUUUGAAGCCAGUUUUGUUGUAGAACCGAUGUCAAUUGGCUUGAAUGUUGGCCUUGACAUCAUUAGUCAAAAGUCCGAAGCAAAAGAUAAAGCAGUUGAUGGGUUGCAUGAAAAGAGUUGUCCGUUUGGUAUCAAGAACACUGUUGUUUCUCAUCACCUGACUAGUGGUUUUCUAAAAGGCUUGAAAUAUUCAGAUGAUUCUUACACUGUUUCCCUUUCACCGGUUUGAAGUUAUUUAAUGGCGAAAAACUUGUGUUUAUGUUUUCUCCCUUUAUUUUAAACCUAAACCUUUGACCAGUCUUGCAGUUGAAUCAAACCUUGUUGCUUAAAAGUUUGCUUAUU